AUGGAACAUGAUCCAGUUACAGACUCACAUCUAUUGUCAGAUAAGUCUAAGGAAACACAAUAUAGCAUGUAUGACGAUGAUGAUGAUAUAGGUAUUGAUCUACCUCUCAAACCAAACAUACUUCAAAAUCGAAAUUUUUUGGAUAUCGAGGAUGAAGAAGCACGACUGUUUCCUAAUGUUCAGAAAGUUAGAUUUCAAAUUGACGCCGAAAAGGAUUCUGAUCCAUUAACGUUAAAGAGUUCUACAACGGAAAAUGAUUUUGAUGAUAUACAAAGUGGAUCGGGUGUAUCUGAUACGGAUACUGUUACUCGAAAUAAGAAUAGAGAAUCAGUAGAAGAACUGUUACAACAUGCUAGUGAAGUUAAUGAUUAUGUUGCCGAAAAUAUUGAUAAACUAAAAGCAUAUCCAACCAACCAUAGUGCAAGUAGUAGGAACCUACAGAGAAUUCUCAGUGGAACAAAUCCAAAAACUGAAUCUUUAUCGACAUUUGAUUUAAGUGAUGUUGAUACCGAUGACGCAUAUGAUCUAGAUCAUGUUAGUACUGGUUCAAUUAGUCAUUCAGGGGAUAAUAAGGAAAGAACCCCAUUAGAGCAAGUCACUACGGCAUCAGAGAUUGAAGAAAUCCUUUCGAACGAUGGAAACUCUCAAGAUAACGAUGAUAUUGAUAGUCGUUCGAUGAGUAAUCAAUCAACGAUAGAUGAUUCACCACCAAUGGAGAGACAGGCAUUUCAAUUCGAUCAACAAACGUGUAUAAAUAAUGCCAGAGAUUUCAUUCAUAGAAGGGAAGAAGCCAAACAUGAAGAAGUAUCUAAUGAAGACGAUGAUUUAGUAUUUGUGGAGAUUAGUGUUGAAGAAGCCAUGAAUAAUUUUGAAAGAGUAAUUCAGUUAAUGAGAGAUCUUUCUCACAAAUGGGACACUCAGGAUUGUGAAAUAUCUGAAACAAAUAAGAGACAUUUUGAUAAUUUUAUAAUGAAAAACACACCAUCUUUAUCCUAUCAAGAUUUCAUUAGUCGUGUUCAAUCUAAAUGUAUGUUUGGAUCCAUUGUCUUUCAAUCUGCUACAUAUUUACUUCAAGUACUUUUUAUGAGAAAGGAUUCUCCUGACCAAAAAUAUAAAUUAAAGCACAGGUUACAAGACAAUGAAAUUCAUCGAAUAAUAAUUGCGUGUGUGCGUGUUGCAACAAAACUGAUCGAAGAUCAAGUGCAUUCCCAUCAAUAUUUUUGUAAAGUAUGUGGUGUCACCAAGAAAUUACUUACAAAAUUAGAGGUUUCGCUGGUACUUUGUCUUAAGGAUGACGAUCUAGUUAUUACGCGUAAAAUGCUGGCAAAAUCCGUUAGAGUCAUCGACUAUAUGAUAAUGGAUCUACAGACAUAA